AUGAACUCCCGCGUCUGUCGUCUCUUCUACUUUGGCUUUGGCUUUGGCUUUGACUUUGGCUUGGAGGGAAGUCGAGAUCAAGGGUGGGAGCCCGGGGCCGUCGUGGUCUUCCUCGAUGACUUCCGACCGGAGUCUGAAGAUCUAUGGCUGCUCAUGUUGAAGAUGGUUGGUAAAGACUUGGUCUGGGAGAGAGAGCCACUGAGGACCCCAGGCAACAGCGGCGGCGGCGCACCCAGUGACAUCGUCAAAGGUGUUUUUGAGAAUCCGGGCAGUGACUCUGAGGCCCCUGAGCAGCGGUGCCGUUUCACCAAUGGACAUCGGCUCGCCGGAAGCUCAGCUGACUCGUUCAAAGUUUCGAUGAUGAACAAGAAGCCGUCGGUGGCUACCAUGGAGGAAAGGAGGAACGGCGGCUUGGGAGUGGAGACGGAGGAAUGGUUCGCACUUGGUUCGCAGAGGCCAAUGGAGACGCCUAGCUUUGCUUGGGGCAACGCUGUCACCUUACCGCCGCCGCUGUUGAGAGGUGUCAGUCCUUAG